CGUCAGAAGUCGGACGAAUCGCACAACGUAAACAAUGCUGCCCACCUGGCUAACCGCGGAAUACUUGCAGCCCCGACUAAGGGCCUACUGCAAGGACGAGCAGCUGCAGGUCCUUAAGAUCUGGGCCAAGCCAGCGACGGGCAAGGGCGAGAACUUUGUGGGCGUGAUGACCCGCAUCUAUGUGGACUAUAAGCUGGGCAAUGGAUCGGUUGAGCAUAAGACCUACAUUGUGAAACAGGCCCUUUCCGACGACGUUCCCCAGACGCAGGUCUUCUUCUAGUACGAUCUGUACACCCGGUAAAUGGACAUGUACGAGUUCGUCCUGCCAAGGCUGAACGAACUGCUGCAGGAAGCCGGCCUGGAUGGAAAGCUAACGGCAGAUGCCAUCACUGUGGACCGUGAGUACAACACCAUGAUCCUGGAGGACUUGGCGCCGUACAAGUACGUCAAUGCGGACCGGGUAAAGCAGCUGGACCUGGCGCACACCAAGCUGACCCUGGAGAUGCUGGCCAAGUUCCAUGCCGCCUCCAUUAUCCUGCAAGAGCGCCACCCGGACCUGCUCACCAAGUGCUUCUUCAUCCACUUCUUUUCGCGCGACAAGAAGGCGUACGCGGAGGUCUUCGCCGGUUUGUUUGGGGCCUUCUUGAGGUUCAUCGAUGGCCAACCGAAUCUGAAGAAGGCCUAUGGCGACAAGCUCCACAAGCUGCGUCCCCACAUCAUGGAGUACGGAGCCCGGGCCUACGACGUGAAGGCAGGUGAUGUGAGGACAUUGAACCACGGCGAUUGCUGGACCACCAACAUCAUGUUCCAGUACGAUGAUGCGGGCAAGCCUCGCACAGUCGUAGCCAUAGACUUUCAGUUCAGCAAUUGCACUUCGCCCACCAUCGACCUGCACUACUUCUUCACCAUCCUCAAGGAGGAGUUUAGGGACAAGGAAUCGGAGCUCGUUGCGUUCCACUACAAUGCCCUAAAAGCGAACCUGGAGAAGUUCUCCUACAAGGGUUCCUUUCCCACCCUCCAGGAAUAUGAGCUUCAAUUCGAACGACGCCGGUUCAUGAGUCUCAUGGCUCACAUGUUCAAGCCCUGCAUGCUGUACAAUGGAUCCGAGGAGACCUCCGACUUCUCCAGUCUGUACUCGGAGACCCCGGAAGCAGUUCGCUACCAGAAGUCGGUCUAUGCCAGUGAGCCGGUGAUCAGGAGUGCCACCAAACUGCUGGCCAUCCUGGAUGCCAAGGGUCUUUUGGAUGUCCAAUAGGCUGUUAUUAUUGUU